AUGAAACCCCUUCAAAUGUUGCUUAUAGUUAUCCUAACUUCUCAAAUCUCCACCGCUAAUUUUGUGGAAGAAGAAAAGGAGAAGCUCAAAAUUGGCCACGAAUUCGCCAAAAUCUUCCUCGAAACAAGUAUUCCAAUGUAUAUUCAACACAAAGUGCACGAUAAAUUGAAAAAAUCACUUCAUAAUCCACUUAUCGGAACUAAAUUCAAUUUCAAAGAUUGUCAAGGAAAAGAAUAUGAUGCUCAAGGAUUUGUGGAUAAUUAUUUAUUGGCUGGAAGAUUUGGAGAAGAUCUGAAAAUGGCUGAUAUUGAAGCUGGUAGAUUGUCACCUUUAUUAAGACGAGAAGUUGCGAGAACUUAUUUUACAACAAUUUCUACAAGUAGGGAUAGUUAUAGGGUUUCUGUGACUGCUUCGGAUUUUCAAACUGAUUUGGAGAUUUAUACGAUUGUUCCGGAUUGUAAGAUUCAGUAUUGUAAUUAA